GAAGGCAGGCGAUUGACGACUUGUUCCAACAUCAUUAUGAGCACCGUGACAUCCAGCUUGAAUAAAUGGCAGAAGAAGAAGCUCUGCUCAUUGUUCAACCAUGCCAACCUUAGCCUGCUGUUCAAAGCCAGUGUGCAUGGCUACAAUGCUAAUGCAUUUCACCAAAAGUGUAAUAUGCAGAGACCAACUGUUAUUGUAGCUUGCAAUGAGUCUGGAUAUGUUUUUGGAGCUUUUACUUGCAAGGAUUUUCUUCAAACCAACCAAAAUGUUGUGGAUGACAAAGCUUUUCUCUUCAGCUUUAAUGACAAAGAAAUUAAAGAAGAUCUUUUGCGUGUGCUCAGUGGAAAUCCCCAGUAUGCUUUCACUGACACAGGACCAGACUUUGGUUCUUUAGUGUUUCUUUAUAAUAACUCAGCCAGCGUCUACAGUAAUCCAGGAACAUACCAAUUCGAUCCACAGCAGAUGCAUGGGAAUGAUUUACAGCUGACAGAAUGUGAGGUGUACAGAGUGGAAGGUUAUGGAGCACUCAUGGAGAAACCGUGGAGAAAUGUGCAGUGGAACUCUGAGAGAAGAAAGGCGCUCUUGAGCAUCAUCUCUGGUUGGAAGCCUUUUGUUAGCUCAGUUAAACAGGCUCGGAUUCUACUGGUGGGUCCUGUUGGUGCUGGAAAAUCAAGUUUCUUCAACUCCAUCAACUCUGUAUUCAAGGGUUAUGUGAGCAGCCAGGCCAACACUGGCACUGCUGGCACCAGUUUGACUAUUCAGUUCCGUACCUACUACAUAAAGCCAGGCAGUGGUGUCAGCCAUGUUCCCUUCACUCUGUGUGACUCGAUGGGUCUGGAGGAGGGUUUGAACACCGGCCUGGAUGUAGAUGAUUUUGCCAGCAUUUUGAAGGGACACAUUCAAGACAGAUAUCAGUUUAACCCAUCGAUGCCUAUACAGCCUGACUCCCCUCAUUUCCAUAAAUCUCCUGGCUUGAAGGACAAGAUUCACUGUGUGGUGUAUGUGAUUGACACCUGCAAAGUCAAGCUCCUCUCUGACAAAAUGAUUGAGAAAUUUGCAGUUUUUCAAAGGAAAACCAACCAGCUGAGUAUUCCUCAGCUGGUUCUGCUGACUAAGAUGGAUGAGACCUGCCCCUUAGUGGCAGGAGACCUGAAAAAUGUCUACCAGAGCCACUACAUCAACAAAGUGAUGCAGGAGGUUAGCGCUCAGCUUGGAGUCUCUCUGUCUGCUGUGGUACCAGUGAAAAACUACUGCCAUGAACUGGAAAUAGAUUCUCAAACUGACAUACUGCUUCUAAAUGCUGUUGUUCAGAUGCUCAGAGCCACUGAGGGCUAUUUUGAUGAUCUUUACAAUCCUGAUGAGCGGUCUGAGUAGAGCUCAAGUCUAUUUUCCCUGGCUGAAGGUCCUGCAUGCAUAUCAGUAUUAGCAAAUCGUAUCUUUCUGUUUCUGUUUGCAUCCAUAUUUACUUGUUUAUAUUGUUUUAUGAGCUCAUCUCUUUUUAUGUAUUAUAAGGUCCGCUAAUAUUUCUGCUAUUACUUUGAACAUGCAAAC